AUGCAGCCAGGUCCAGCGGCAUGUGUCGGUCGUGGGCCUGGGUCUCGUCGUCGUCGUCGCCUGGGUCUCGUCGUCGUCGUCGCCUGGGUCUCGUCGUCGUCGUCGCCUGCGCAGCCCCAGAGCAUCAUUGCGCAGCGCACCCACCUGUACGCGUGA